CGGGGACUGUAAAGCAUGAGAAAGCCGCUUCCUGUGCGCCACUGCCAGAGUGCCAAGAAUCUGAAGCGGGUAAUGGCUGAUGAGAUCGAGAGAUUCACCAGCAUGAGAAUCAAGAAGGAGAAAGAGAAGCCGAGUGCGGCUCACAGGAAUUCCUCGGCAACUUCUUCAGACAUGUCCAGCUCGGGCCAGAUGCUGCAGGAAAUCUCAGACGAGGAAGUGCUGGUCCUGUUUGAGCAGAUGCUGGUGGACAUGAACCUCAACGAGGAAAAGCAGCAGCCCCUGCGGGAGAAGGACAUGGGCAUCAAGAGGGAGAUGGUCUCCCAGUACCUCCACACGUCCAAAGCGGGCAUGAGCCAGAAGGAGAGCUCCAAGUCGGCCGUGAUGAACAUCCAGGAGCUGAAGUCGGGCCUCCGGGACGCCCAGCUGCUGGCCUGCCUGGAGUCCCUGCGCGUGUCCCUCAACAACAACCCCGUCAGCUGGGUGCAGACAUUCGGAGCCGAGGGUCUCAACUGCCUCCUGGACAUCCUGAAAGGUCUGCACGACGAGAAGGACGAGGCCUCCGGGCCGUACGACAUCCGGAUCAAGCACGAAAUUAUCCGGUGCUUAAAGGCUUUCAUGAACAACAAGUUCGGCAUCAAGACCAUGCUCGAGACGGAGGAGGGGGUCCUGCUGCUGGCGCGGGCCGUGGACCCCAGGGUCCCCUCCAUGAUGAUCGACGCCAUCAAGCUCCUCUCCGCCCUCUGCAUCCUGCCGCAGCCCGUGGACAUGCACGAGCAGGUGCUGGGCGCCCUGACGGAACGGGCAGAGAUGGACGACGUGGAGAGGUUCAAGCCCCUCCUGGACGGCCUGAGGGACGGCACCUCCGUGGCAUUGAAGGUCGCCUGCCUGCAGCUGAUCAACGCCCUGAUCAUUCCGGCGGACGAGCUCGACUUCCGGGUGCACAUCCGCAGCGAGCUGAUGCGCUCCGGCCUCAGCGAGAUCCUCAAGGACCUGCACGCCCAAGACAACGAGGAGCUGAAGGUGCAGCUGCAGGCCUUCGAGGAGUAUGGCGAGGAGGACUCCACGGAGCUCCGGGCCCGCCUGGAGGACGUCCGCGUGGAGAUGGACGACUUCGGGGAGGUCUUCCAGGUGCUGCUCAACACUGUGAGGGACUCCCAGGCGGAGCCGCACUUCCUCUCCCUCCUGCAGCACCUGCUGCUCGUCCGCAACGACUACGAGGCCAGGCCCCAGUACUUCAGGCUGAUCGACGAGUGCGUCUCGCAGAUCGUCCUGCACAAGAACGGGGCGGACCCGGACUUCCGGUGCCGGCACCUUGAGCUGAAUAUCGAGGGGCUCAUCGAUAACCUGAUCGAUCAAACAAAGGUGGUGAAAAGCGAAGCCAAAGCCACGGAGCUGGAGAAGAAGCUGGACGCCGAGUUGACCGCGCGCCACGAGCUGCAAGUGGAAAUGAAGAAGAAGGAGAGCGACCUGGAGCAGCGGAUCCAGGAGCUGCUUCAGGAGAAGGCGGCGCUGGAGCAGCAGCAGCAGCAGCUCAGCUCGGAGAAGCUCAGCCUGGAGGCGGCCGGCGCCCUGCUGCACGAGGAGGUCACCGCACUGGCAAGAGAACUGGAGGAGGCCAAGAGGGAGCUGGCGGAGGCCACCUCUGCGCCCCCGCAGCCGCCGCCGGGUCUGCCGUCGUCCCCGCCCCCCCCGCUCCCCGGGGCUUCCCCACCAGCACCAACUCCGCUUUCCGGGGCAGUGCCCGUUCCUCCCCCACCACCACCUCUGCCCAGAAUGGCGCAAGUACCUCCGCCGCCACCUCUUCCUGGAAUGGCGGAAAUAGCGCCUGUACCUCCACCGCCACCUCUUCCUGGAAUGGCGGAAAUAGCGCCUGUACCUCCACCGCCACCUCUGCCCGGAAUGGCGCCUGUACCUCCGCCGCCACCUCUGCCCGGAAUGGCGCCUGUACCUCCGCCGCCACCUCUUCCCGGAAUGGCGCAAGUGCCUCCGCCGCCACCUCUUCCCGGAAUGGCGCAAGUGCCUCCACCGCCGCCUCUUCCCGGAAUGGCGCAAGUGCCUCCACCGCCGCCUCUUAUGGGGCUUGGGGUGCCUCCCCCUCCCAUGCCGCCGGGAUUCGGGCCAGUGGCUCCUGCUGCUCCAGCGCUUCCAUUUGGAUUGGCUCCGAAGAAGCAGUAUAAGCCGGAAGCUCCGCUGCGGAGAACGAACUGGUCCAAGAUCACCGUGCAGGAGCUCUCCAAGGACUGCUUCUGGACCCAGGCGAAUGAGGACCGCUUCGAGAGCGACGAGCUCUUCGCCAAGCUGACGCUCAGCUUCUCGACGGCGCAGCCCAAGUCCAAGGCCCGAAAGCAGCAGGACAGUGAGGAGAAGGGCCAGUCCAAGAAGAAGGCCAAGGAGCUGCGGGUGCUGGACUCCAAGAAUGCGCAGAACCUGUCCAUCUUCCUGGGCUCCUUCCGUAUGCCGUACGAGGAGAUCAAGACCGCCAUCCUGGAGGUGAACGAGGCCGUGCUGACUGAGUCCAUGGUGCAGAACUUGCUGAAGCUGAUGCCAGAGCCCGACAAGCUGAAGAUGAUCGCGGACCUGAAGGGCGAGUACGACGAGCUGGCGGAGCCGGAGCAGUUCGGCGUGGUGAUCAGCUCGGUGCCCCGCCUGAUGGCCCGCCUCAGUGCCAUCCUCUUCAAGCUGCAGUUCGCAGAGCAGGUGGAGAACAUCAAGCCGGAGAUCGUGGCGGUGACGGCGGCCUGCGAGGAGGUCCGCGGCAGCCAGAACUUCUCCGGCCUGCUCUCCCUCAUCCUGCUGGUGGGCAACUACAUGAACGCCGGCUCCAUGAAUGCCGGCGCCUUCGGCUUCAACAUCAGCUACCUCUGCAAGCUCCGAGACACCAAGUCUGCUGAUCAGAAGCUGACCCUGCUGCACUUCGUGGCCGAGUUGUGCGAGAAGCAGCACCCGGAGCUGCUGAAGUUCCCCGAUGAGCUGAUCCACGUGGAGAAGGCUUCCCAAGUCUCUGCUGAGAACUUGCGGAAAAAUCUGGACCUCAUGAAGAAGCAGAUUGCAGAUGUGAAGCGUGAUGUCGACAAUUUCCCCAGCGCCACCGAAGAGAAGGACAAAUUCGUAGAGAAAAUGAACAGCUUCGUCAAGGGAGCCCAGGAACAGUACGAGAAGCUGCGGAUGAUGCACUCCAACAUGGAGAGCCUCUAUGAGGAGCUGGGGAAGUACUUCCUCUUCAACGCCAGCAAGACCUCCGUUGAGGAAUUCUUCUCCAACCUGCACAACUUCCGGAGCAUGUUCAUGCAAGCCGUGAAGGAGAACCAGAAGCGCCACGAGCUGGAGGAGAAGAUGCGCCGAGCGAAGCUGGCCAAGGAGAAGGCAGAGCAGGAGCGGCAGGAGAAGCGUCAGAAGAGGGAGCAGCUCAUCGACAUGAGCGCAGAGGGCGACGAAAUGGGCGUCAUGGACAGUCUGAUGGAGGCCCUGCAGUCGGGAGCCGCCUUCCGCCGGAAGAGGGGGCCGCGCCAAGCAAACAGAAAAAUGGGCUGUGCCUUCACCUCAGUGCUGGCCUCGGAGCUGACCAAGGACGACGCGCUGGGCGGAAGCAAGCCGAGCCUGGCGGUGCACCCCAGCGGGGGCGGCGGCGGCCCCGGGGGAGACGGCCCUGACGAAGGCACCUCCGGGCGGUUCGGCCGCCAGAGCUAGAGCUGCCGCCCGCCAGGACUCGCGCCUCCUCGUGAGCGGCGUUUGCAGAGGAAUCCAAUGACACUGAGUCACUUUGCCGUCUUACAUGCUGUUUUCUUUCGCGGGCGCGACGGGGCCUCGCCCUCGCUUCUGCCUUGCUCUCCGGGGCUCCGGCGACGUCUCCGCGGCUCUGCCCGCUGCUUCCCAGGCCUGCCCUCUGCCCGCCCGGAGCCUGUGGGCCUGCAUCCUGCGGAGACGCUGCCGCCCUGCCUCCCUCCUCACCUCUCCUCUGCUCUCCUCUCCUCUCCUCGCCUGCAGGCAGGGCAGGGGGAGCGCAGGGGGCGCGAGCCCCAGCCGGGCCCGCCCACCGUUCCCCCGGACUGGUGCCGCCACAGCGGAACGCGACGGACUGCCGCCAUCUUGCUGGCCCGGCCCGGCCCGGCCCCCCUUCUCGGAAGACCCAGCAGCGCUGGCUGCCCUUUCUCACUUGCUGCCUGGCGCUGGGAGACGACGCGUGUCUCUCGGCCGCCCAGCCGGCCGCCUCCCCUCCGCCACUGCCCCGCUCUUGGCGCCAGGACGCUCUCCCUGCGCUGCCGCCGCUUCUGCCUCUUUGAGCGCCUGUGGGGCCUGCCGAGGAAGAGGAUGCUCUCCCCUGCUGACAGGCCGCCGUGGGUCCUGCACACUGCUCCUCCUCUGCCCGCCUCUGCGUGCUUCCAAGCAGAGGGGGCUGCGUGGGGCCUGCCCGGCCUGGGGAGGGUGGUCCCGGUGCUCGUGGGGCGCCCAAGGAGCAAUUCCGGGCGGCAGGCUGUGGCGGCCCCACGGGACUCAACGCUAGACGGGCCCACACAGGUGCUGCUCCGUGGCAAGGGGGCCUACGGGCUGGGAGCCCUGCUUGUCCGGUGGCUGCCAGGCCUCCAGAUGGGGGGGGGGCUGGUGUCCUCCCAGGUGAGCAGCCAGUUUGCAGAUGUGUCUAUUUUUCUAUCAGAUUUUGUUUUAAAGGGAAAUUUAGUGAAGGUAAAAUUAAAAUAGCUGAAAUGGCCACAUGAACCCAGACUGCCGUUCUUGGCAGCCGCGCCCUUAGCAGUGGGAAGCGGCCCCCUUGCAGCCCCUCAGAAGGGCCGGGCAGAGCCCCCCGUCAGCCCCCGGGCUCCGGAAGCAGCCCCUGCGCCUCUUGCCCUCCCGGGUGUGUACUCAACCAGUGGCCGGCCGUCUCGGGGAGGGGGGCCCCGGAGGACAUGUGGGAGAUCUCUGGCCAGCCCUGGAGGUCUCUGUCGUUCCCCCGGGAUCGGCUGCGUUCCCGUGGGAAUGUUGCUGUUGUGCGCGCAGGUCGUCACGCAGGCGAGAGGCCUGCAGCAAAGCCCCCUCUGUGCCGUGGGCGCAAGAGGCACGAGCUGAAGCCAGGCGGGUGCCCCCUCUUUUCAGAUCUGCAUUGAGGACGCAGAGUCCAGGGAGGCCUCCUGGCAGCUCGCUGGGCGUGCUCGGGCGCCUUUGGCCCUGUGCUCCGAGGCCGCCACCCUCUUCCUCGUUAUACCCGCUGGAUUGGGAGCUUCGAUGAAGGAAAGGGGCCCUGCCAAAGCAGUUUGUGAUCUGCAGGAAGGCCUUGCCUCUGCCCAGGGACGUCCGUUCUAGCGAGGCCGGGUGAGAAGUCUCUGGAUCCUGGGCAGCCUUCCUGACACCACCGCAGCAGAGCACAAGGAACAGUGACCGAGAAACUCCCCCUCCAGCAUUUGACUGACCCUGUCCACCCGCCCCCCUCCCCCGCUGGCUGGAGAGAUGCUCACUGCUGAGGAUAGAAGCCCCCUCCCUCCCUCAGCAUAUCCCCACGGGGUGUAUGAGCGCCACCAUCCCUUUCAGGGGUCUGCACGUCAGCAGCGAGUGUGCCCAAAAUCAGAAGCGGGCAUGGCCAAGCGGAUUCUCUCCCUGCCCUCGCCCUCCCUUCCCCCUUCCCCCUUGCUUUUCCGCUGGCCUUCCUCCCCACACGCACAUGCUGAACGCGGCCUGUUUCGCUCUUCUGCCAUCCUCUGCCACGUACCCCCUUUCUGGGUACCAAGAAAAGAACGCCGCUUUCUCUGUGGCCGGAGAGCCGUGCAUGUGACCGGGCCGUCAGGUAGGGGCUGCUUCCGCCUGCUGAGCACCUGCCCGGACCACCUGCAUGCGUUUGCUUUAAUGCUUCUGGUGCCAAUCAAUCAAUCAAUCAAUCAAUCAAUCAAUCGCGGAGAACGGCUGGGGGGUGCAGCCUCCUGCUGACGAACUGGAAAGCUCACUGGGGGAGGACGGGAGCGGUCUGGCUGGCCCACAUGGUCCUCCGCAGUGUGGAUGUCGAAGGGACGUCGGACAGACCGGGGGGGGGGUGAAGGGGGUGCAACCAUUUGCCCAGCACCUGGCUGGUGGGAAAUGUUCUGAGCAAUAUUCCCACGGCUCCCGGCACAGACCGUGUGCUGCGUGGCCCACUCUGGGCCUCCCCGUGGCACAUGGCGUUCCUCUGGAGCAGCCAUGACCUGCCCCCACAGCAUCACUGGCCAGCCCUCUGCCCGCCCCCAGGCUCCUGGGGCAGCUGGCCCUCCUGCCCGCCCCCCAAACGUCUUCUCUGCUGCUUUGGCCAGGCGGCGACGGCUGCUUGUGCUCCUGUGGAAAGAGAAGGCCUGCGAGGUGCCUGCAGGUGAAGGGAGCGGGGGGGGGAGGGCGGGCUGGAGGCCCCCUCCUCUGUGCUCAGGCAGGGGCAGGGGCAAGGGCGCGUCUCGCAGACCCAGGGCAGUGAGGCGGGGGGCUGAGCAGGCGUGGGGGUGGAACGGAGAAACGCCGGCUUCUGCAGGCUGCCAACAACGGGGGACAGAAGCGCCCGAGAUACAGCUUUCGUGGGGCGGCCCCCGUGCCGGGGCCAGCCUGCUCCUGGGUCAGCUCCCGGGUGGGCAGUUGUGGUUGGGCCUCCCAUCUUGGUGCUUCCAGCCCGGGGACUCGGCGGCAGCUGCCCUGCAGUGGCCCGGCCGCCUCCCCACUGAGCCCCCUGGCCCACGGGAGUCUUCCUGGGCCCUUCCAGAGGCCGGCGCCUGCAAGAAGGCGCUUCCCAUGAGGAGAGGUGCUGCUCUGGCUUCUGGACGGGACGGGGGGAGGCGGGGCCCCUGCGGCCAGCUCCGAGUGCACAUGGCCCCCCCCCAGGCUGCCUGGGCAGAGGUGCCACGUCUACCCCACCCCCCAGCCAAGGGUGUGCCACUGGAACUUGCACGUAUUUUCUUGAACCUUUCUCAGAGUAAAAGUAACAGUGUGAUAGUCGCCCCCCCUUCUCAGCAAAGUUGUGACACUGGGAUAAUGGAAUUUCAUUAAGUUAUGUUACACAAGGAAAACGAUAGAGUGCAAGUUGCUUUUGGGGGAAUGCAAACAUAUCUAAAUAUUUUGUUCAAAAACGUGAAUUAAAAAUUUAUUUGCUUU